AUGUCUGACGCCGGACGCAAGGACUGGAGCACCAAGGCCAAGGAGGAGCUCACUCCCGACUCCGCCAAGUCCACCCAGCAGAAGAUGAAGGAGGGCGCCACUGAUAUUGGUGACCGCUUCGCCCGUGGCGUCCAGCCCGACGACCAGAAGUCUGGCAUGCAGGAGACCUUUGACAAGGGCCAGCGCAUGCAUGACAACAAGGCUCACGGUGGUACCGACAAGUCGAUCCUCGACAAGGCCAAGGACGCCAUGGGUCUCGGUGACCACUAA